AAGUCAAGCUACACUAAUAUAUACAAAGAAAGUAGUAAUGUGUUUUUAAGUCUCUCAUUUAUAAGUUGUUCGAAAAGACUAGUUAGUUGUGCAAAGUCUUUGGAAUUUGUGUGAAGGGUCGCCGGAAAAUAGAAAUAUUUUCCAUUGAAGAGGAGUCAGGAUGGGUAGAGGAAAGAUAGAGAUAAAGAGGAUAGAGAACAACACAAACAGGCAGGUGACAUUCUGUAAGAGGAGAAAUGGACUGUUGAAGAAGGCAUAUGAACUUUCAGUUCUGUGUGAUGCUGAGAUUGCUCUCAUUGUUUUCUCUACCCGUGGCCGCCUUUAUGAAUACUCCAACAACAACAUAAAGGCAACCAUAGAUCGAUACAAGAAGGCAACUGCAGAAACCUCUAGUGCAUACACUACUCAAGAGCUCAAUGCACAGUUUUACCAACAAGAAUCAAAGAAGCUGCGCCAACAGAUACAAUUGAUGCAGAACACAAACAGGCAUUUGGUGGGUGAAGGCUUGAGCUCUUUGAAUGUGAGGGAACUGAAGCAAUUGGAGAACAGACUUGAACGAGGCAUUACAAGAAUUAGGUCAAAAAAGCAUGAAGCAAUACUCGCUGAGACUGAGAAUUUGCAGAAGAGGGAAAUGCAACUGGAACAGGAAAAUGCAUUCCUUAGAUCAAAGAUAGCAGAAAAUGAGAGGCUGCAGGAACUAAGCAUGAUGCCAGCAGGUGAGCAAGCUGGUGGGCAAGAGUAUACUGCAUUUCAGCAAUAUUUAGCAAGAAAUAUGCUUCAACUCAACAUGAUGGAAGCUGCCUCAGUGCCUUCUAAUUAUGAUCCAAUGUCUGCUGACAAGAAGUCUGAUCUCCACCUUCACUGAACUCUUUUGCCUUCCAAGUCAAUCCAUUUCUGCUAUGGCGGAAGGAAUGUGUUCUUUUGGAACAUACUAUAAAUAAUCUUUGUGCUUUUGCUUUACUACCUUAUUUUGCUGUGUUUGAAUUGUUUGCUGUAUUAUUACUUGUAAUCCGUGGACGUCUCAGUUUCUUUCCAAUAGACUCUGCACCUUUUCUUAUAA